AUAAUGGUUCGCUCUCCCACAUCCCAAAGCAGGUCCAUAAACCAGAUAUCGUGGGACCUUAUCCGUAUCUCGCGAUACGACAAGUAUAACUCAUUUCUCGCCCUCUUUGCCGGAGUAUGGUCGACGCUCCUUGCCGGGAGUACACGACUUCGCGAAGACCCCAACCACAUCUCCGUCUCGUUCAUUCUUACCCGUGUCCUUUUCUGCUCCUUGGCAGCAUAUAUCUUUUCCGGGGCGGGCAUGGUGUGGAACGACUGGGUUGAUCGAGACAUCGAUGCUCGCGUCGCACGCACCAGGGAUCGUCCCUUGGCCGCAGGCAGACUCCGCACUGAAGAAGCCAUGGUCUGGAUGCUGUUUCAAGCUGGCAUAGCCACGACGUUCUUGUAUUGGAUGAUGGACGGACGAUAUGUUUUGCACUCCAUGAUUCCCCCUACGUUGGGAACCCUGAUAUAUCCAUACUGCAAAAGGCCGCUCGCACACCGAAUUGGUAUCUAUCCCCAAUACGUUCUCGGUCUGACAGCAUCUUGUCCUGUCCUCUUUGGCCGCGCCUCGAUCUACCCCAAUGUAGACUCCUUCACUGCACUUGUAUGGUCUAGUCUGCCGCUUUGCCUAGUUGUCUUUACGUGGACUCUCUACUUCAACACCGCUUACAGUUACCAAGAUAUUAUCGACGACACAAAACUGGGUGUAAACUCACUUUACAGUCUUGCGGGACGACACAUACAUGGCGUACUUGUGGCUCUAGCAACGAUAGUGGCGGGUGCGCUGUGUUGGGUACUAUACCCUUUGGGCUCAGUUUGGUUAUGGAUCUCUUGGAUGGGGGUCUGGAUCAUUGGAUGUGUGGACCAGAUGAGGAGAUUCGAUGCGAAGAAUCCAGGAAGCGGGCAUUAUGUCUUUCGUAGUAAUGUGGUGAUGGGGCUAUGGGCAAUGGUGGCCUGUGUUUUGGAGGUUGUAUUUAGGGGGUUACAGAGAUGACUGCAAGUAGGAGAGGGAGGCUUGACGCAC